AGUACUGAACGUGUCACAGAGAAGUUGAGAAUGUCAAGCAAGGCAUCAACGCACACAUAAACAUGACGACUUAAAGAGGAAGAGGACUGUGGACUUCAUUCAGAUUCAAUGCUGUGACAUACUGAGACAUGACAGGCAGGCUGGUUUGGGUGUGUGUACUGUAGAUUGACCCAAACACUGAAAUUGGGGAAGGUGAAAAAACGGCAAACACAGAGCAGAAAAACAUUCAAUCUGAGGACAUGGGGAGUGUUAGUGAAUUGUGUGUGUCCAGUUUUCAAGUUUUAUUAUGUCCAACGUUACCAAGGAGUAUUUCAGUGCCUGACGACCUCACGCCUGAGGAGCAGAAAGAGCUGGAAAACAUCCGCCGGCGAAAGCAGGAGCUGCUGGAUGACAUUCAGCGUCUGAAAGAUGAGAUAGCCGAAGUGACCAGUGAGAUCGAGAACCUGGGUUCCACAGAGGAGAGGAAAAAUAUGCAGAGGAACAAACAGGUGGCAAUGGGCCGCAAGAAAUUCAACAUGGACCCCAAAAAGGGGAUCCAGUUCCUCAUUGAAAAUGACCUUCUGAAGAACACCAGUGAAGACAUCGCACGCUUCCUUUACAAGGGUGAAGGUCUUAACAAGACCGCAAUAGGAGACUACCUGGGAGAGAGGGAUGACUUCAAUAUCCAAGUCCUUCAUGCUUUUGUGGAGCUGCAUGAGUUCACAGAUCUGAACCUGGUUCAGGCUCUCAGGCAGUUUCUCUGGAGUUUCAGGCUUCCUGGUGAGGCCCAGAAGAUCGACAGAAUGAUGGAGGCGUUUGCGUCCCGGUACUGCCAGUGCAACCCCGGCGUCUUUCAGUCCACAGACACAUGCUACAUUUUGUCCUUCGCCAUCAUCAUGUUAAACACCAGUCUUCACAACCCAAACGUAAAGGACAAGCCCUCAGUGGAGCGUUUCAUCUCCAUGAACAGAGGCAUUAAUGAUGGAGGAGACCUGCCUGAAGAUCUACUCAGGAAUCUAUAUGAUAGCAUCAAGAACGAGCCCUUCAAAAUCCCUGAGGAUGACGGCAAUGACUUGACGCACACUUUCUUCAACCCGGACCGAGAGGGCUGGCUGCUCAAACUGGGAGGACGUGUCAAAACCUGGAAAAGACGCUGGUUCAUUCUCACAGAUAACUGCCUUUACUACUUUGAGUACACUACUGAUAAAGAACCAAGAGGCAUCAUCCCCCUGGAAAACCUCAGCAUCCGUGAAGUGGAGGACAAGAAGCCGAACUGCUUUGAGCUCUUCAUCCCUGACAAUAAGGACCAGGUGAUCAAGGCCUGCAAGACGGAGGCGGACGGACGGGUGGUUGAAGGAAACCACACGUUCUACCGCAUCUCUGCUCCCACCACCGAGGAGAAGGACGAAUGGAUGAACAGCAUUAAGGCGGCCAUCAGUAGAGAUCCCUUCUACGAGAUGCUGGCGGCGAGGAAGAAGAAGGUCUCCUCUAUGAAGAGACACUAGAGCUGCUCAGGACGCUGUCGUUACCGAUUCAGGGCUGCUGGGACGACCCCAGCUUCAGAACGAAACCAGGCUGGAGCAGCGAGGUCAAACCUUGCUAGACUUUGCACCGCUUUUUAAAAGUCUUCUUGCUCAGCUCAAGUACUUGUGUGUGUGUGUGUGUGUGUGUGGAAGGAAGUCAGUGGGCUUUUUACUUGCUGCUGCUUCCUUGAAACCCCCAAAGAGAACGUUUUUCCUCACGCUUAACCAAAACACGCUCUUUCUCGCUCUGUCCUCUUUCUGUACCUCUCGUCUCUUGCACACACGCACACUCUUGCAUCUUCUGAAAUCAGCAGGUCUGACAGAACGUGGAAAACCAAACCGGACGCUCCUACACGCAUCGGAAAAGGAAGAUUUCCUUCGUGCUGAUGAUAUGUACAGGAUAUUUUUUUCUUCUUGUUGCACAAGCAUUUUAGUCCCCAGAGGUUUAUUUGAGUGUAUAAUUGUAAAAAAAAAAACAAGAGGCUUCUAUCAUUUGCAAGGGAAAUCCAAGUUUGUAGGGAGGGUG